AUGGAUACGAAAGACAUACUUCUCACUUUGGAAUCAAUAAAAAAAGCCUGUAGCGCUUUAUGCCGCCAAGAGCAAAGAAGAACUCUGUUAUCGAAGGACACUAGACUUUUUUUGGAAUCGGUUUUUGAGAAAAAGAGAUGCCCCAAUUCAAGAGAACGUAAGGCAAUUGCAGACAAAUGCGGCUUAACUCCUGUUCAAGUCGGAGUUUGGUUUCGAAAUAGGCGAGCGAGGUUCGUACCUCAUUUCACCUAA